AUGGGUGUCUCCAAGAAGAAUCUGAAAGCGACCAAAAAAUUCGAAAAGAAUCACCUGAAGGGUGUUCUGGACAAGAGAAAGGCCGGCGCAAAGCUCAAGCAGAAGCUGCAGAUCAGAGAGAAGCAGAAGUCGAGGAAAGCCCAAGAUUCCGAGUUCAUAAAGGGCUCAAAAGAUGGCCAAGAUGCUACCGCCGCUCCUGCCAAGAAGCCUGCCGGAGGCAAGGCGAAGAAGGUCACUGAGAUGAGCGUCGACGAUUUCUUCUCGGGCGGCUUCGAGGACAUCAUCGACAAGAAGGAUAAGGCUGGCAAGCUCGGCAAGCGAAAGCGAGACGAAGCCAAGGAGGAUGCGGAUGAUGCAAGCGAAGGAAGCGAUUCGGAGGUCUCAAUUGGUGGCGCGCCUGUUGCCAGCGACAGCGACGACGGCAGCGAUGACGAUGACGAGGCUACUGGGCUUGGCAUGAGCAAAGAGGCCAUGAAGGGACUUGCCGAGAAGGACCCCGAGUUUUACAAGUUCCUCAAGGAUAAUGAUUCAGAAUUGUUGGAUUUCGACGAGAAUGCAGAUCUCGCAGAGGUGGACGAGUUUAGCGCUGGCGAGGAAGACGCCGACGAGGAGCUCCCCAAGAAGAAGAGAAAGAAGGGCAACAAGGCGGAAGAGGAGCCGGCACAGAACAAUGAGCUGACUCGCAGCACCAUUGCCAGCUGGAGGAAAGCAAUGGCCGAGACCCAUUCUCUGCGAGCAACCAGACAAGUGGUGCUCGCAUUCCGAUGCGCUGCCCACCUUAACGAGGCCGAUGAGGAGGGCCAAGCAGAUCAGCGAUGGUCCAUCAACAGCCCGGAAGUGUUCAACGAUAUCCUGCUGCUUGCCUUGAAAGAGGUGCCAGUGGUUAUGAGUCACCACCUCCCUGCCAAAGAGUCGGCGGCCGGCAAGGUCUACGUACAGACGGAGGGAAAGAAGUUCAAGGCUUUGUCCGUGCUUCUGAAGUCUUACAUCUCCUCCAUCAUGCACCUCCUCAGCACACUCUCUGACGAUGGCACAAUCACAGUCACUCUGUUGGCUAUCGUGGAGAUUCUUCCAUACCUUCUCUCCUUCAAGAAGCUCAUCAAGGCUCUUGCCAAGUCCAUGGUCAACCUGUGGUCUCAAGCCGCCGGCUCCCACUCGUCACGAGUCACUGCUUUCCGCGUGAUUCGACGACUUGUCAUCAUCGGAGACAAGGGCAUCCGCGAAACCGUCCUCAAGGCCGUCUACCAGGGCCUUGUUCAGGGAUGCCGAGUCACCAACCGCAACACGCUCGCCGGAAUCGACAUGAUGAAGUUUUCCGCGGCCGGGCUCUGGGGCAUCGACCCAGCCAUUGGCUACACCACCGCCUUUACAUUCAUCCGCCAGCUCGCCAUUCACCUCCGCAACAGCAUCGUCAACAACAAGAACAACUCGUUCCGCAUGGUAUACAACUGGCAGUUUACCCACUCCCUCGACUUCUGGGCCCGCGUCCUUGCUGAGCACUGCACGCCCCUAAAGGAAGCCGAGGCCGGCAAGGAGAGUCAGCUGAGACCGCUCAUCUACCCCCUUGUUCAAGUCACACUUGGUGCCAUGCGCCUCAUUCCUACAUCACUAUACUUCCCCCUCCGCUUCCACCUCAUCCGCUCGCUGCUGGUCCUGUCGCAGGCCGCCGACGUCUACAUCCCACUAGCCUCACCGCUGCUGGAGGUGCUCAACUCGGCCGAGAUGAAGAAGGCUCCCAAGGCAUCGACGCUCAAGCCCAUGGACUUUGCCGUCUCUUACAGAGCCCCCAAGUCAUAUCUCCGCACCCGAGUCUUCCAGGAUGGCAUCGGAGAUGAGGUGGUCGAGCUGAUGAGCAGCUUCAUGUAUACUUGGUCCACAUCCAUCUCAUUCCCAGAACUCGCCCUCCCUGUCAUCAUCCAGCUCAAGCGAUGGCUCAAGCAGGUUAGCUCCAAGUCCAGCGGCAACAAGAACAACAAGCUCGUCUCGCAGUUUUCGGUUCUUGUGCAGAAGCUCGAGGCCAACUCAAAGUUCAUCGAGGAGAAGCGCGCGAGGGUCGACUUUGCGCCUAAGCACCGCAGCCAGGUCGACGCCUUCCUCAAGGACUUUGACGCUGCCAAGACGCCUCUUGGUGCGUACGUCGUCGGCCAGGCAGCCGCCCGUGCUGAGCGUGCAAAGGUCCUGGCCGAGGCGAGAAAGGAGGACGAGCGGAAGAGGAAAGAGGAUGAAAAGGCAGAUUUGUCAAACGAGGACGGAGAGGACAGUGACGAGGAGGUUGACAUGGACGGUGAGCUAGGAGAAGACAAUGACGACGACGAAGAAGCAGAGGAAGAAGAGGAUGACGAAGACGAAGAGUAG